AUGGACGGCGAGCGCGCAGCCGCCCCGUCCGGCGAGUGCCUGCGCCAGCGCCACCCGGGGUUUGUGCCCAUCGUCUGCCUCGGGGAGGCCGCAGGGAGCGCCGACGAGCGGCCCGUGAGGCUCAAGCUGAUGGUCCGCGCCACGUACACGAUCUCGCAGCUCAAGCGGGACAUCUCGUGGCGCCUGCCCGAGGCGCCGGUGGACAGGCUCUGGCUCGGGCGCGAGCUGGCCCAGGACGACGCCGAGCUGGUCUCCGCGGUGGACGCGCGGCAGCGGGCGGAGGAGCAGCGCACGCGCAGACCGAGGAGCCCAGCGAGCCCGCGGACCGAGGCGAGGAGGGCGGCGGCCUGGCCAUGUUCCACCUCCCCGACGGGGACGAGGACGACGUCGGCUGCGGCGACUCCUCCGCCUGGGACGACGACAACAACGUCGCCGACAGGCUCCGGGAGAAGCACCCCGGCCGCCUGCCCGUGA